AUGACUUUACCAUCAUCUUCCGAUGCCAACAAUGCCGCUCACGAUGGGCUCAACACGCCGGAGGCCGAUCUGGAGACUAAAGUCGUGCCUUCAGGGAAUAGCGCCUCAUCAUUCAAGGCAAACCUCGCACGCUUCAAACAUGUGAACAACGACGACGAGGUAGCGGCCGUUCCGUCAUUAUCCAUCGGAAGGAGCGGUCGCAAGAGAGCGAACGCCGAGACUGAAGGCCACACUUCGAAUGAGACAGCCUCGCCAGCUCCAUCAGUUGCCAAGCGGCGGCGACAGUCGAGCAAAUAUGCGCCACCGGAGAAGUACGCCCACCUCAAGCCACUGACAGACAUCCUGGAGCCACACCUCAUAUGUGUCUUUGUUGGCUUCAACCCGGGAGUCAUGACAGCUACAUCUGGUCACGCAUAUGCUCAUCCAAGCAACAUGUUCUGGAAACUGUUGCACAGCUCAGGCUGCACAGACGUCCGCCUGAGACCGGAGCAGGACGUUGAUUUGCCACGACUGUACAGCAUGGGCAACACGAACAUUGUUGCUCGACCCAGCAAGGACGCUGCCGAACUGAGCAAGGCGGAGUCAGCUGCUGGCACGCCAAUACUGGAGGAGAAGAUCCGCAACUACCAGCCUGAAGCUGUUUGUAUUGUGGGCAAGGGUAUAUGGGAAUCCAUCUGGCGCUGGCGAUAUGGUCGCCCUAUCAAGAAGGACGAGUUUCACUACGGCUGGCAGGGUGAUAAGGAGCGCAUGGGUACAAUGGACGGCUGGGCUGGUGCGCGUGUCUUUGUCGCUACUGCCACCAGCGGCCUUGCAGCUAACUUGAAGCCACCAGAGAAGGAAGCUAUCUGGAAGCCGUUUGGAGAUUGGGUGAAGACCAGGCGCGAAGAGAGGAUCAAAGAAGCAAAAGGAGAAAGUGUCAAAAACGACGCGAGAUGA